UCAAGCCCUUGCAGGAGGGAGCUGCUGAAAUACUCCAGAAUACCUUUGCAGCAAAAUGCAAACAACAGAUUUCCCUCUGUGAGCCUUUCUGAAGCCAAGACAACACAGAAGCUGCUGGUGGGACUUGUCUCUUUUUCCUCUCUUUCUCUCUCAGAACUGUUUCAUUCACUUUUUUGGUUAUUUAGGCGUAAGGGACUUAUUGUAGGAACCCAAAUCUCCGAUGUCAAAUCAAUGCCAUUUCAGGAAAUAAAGAGAAGCUGAAAACAGCAAUGGGUGAGUUUCCUUAAGUGUUCCCCUCUCCCUCUCUCUCUCUCUCUCCUCCCCCCCCCCCCGUUCAAAUCUAUUGGAGCAAUUGCUGCUAGUCAAACAACCGCGCUCUCUCACACGCAAGCAGACAGAUGACUUGCCUCCCCACUGCAGCUUGUUGCAGACUUCACAAGGUUUCGCAGCCUGCAGGUUUUCUUUUGGCAGUCUAUUUUCCCCCCUAAUCCUGUUCAAAGUCGUUUCCACUUAAGGUUUUGCUAAUGAACAGCUGACUUGAUUUAUCGCAAAGCUUCUCCCGUAAUAACUUGUGGGAGGCGAAGGCUGUUGGAAAUAAGGCAAUAACGCUAAAAUGGCAGAUGACAUUAGUUUUCAAGAGCUGGAAAGUGACGGGUCAGAGAACAGUGAAGAAACAGAGAUUGUCGUCAAUGUCGGCGGGGUGAGGCAGGUGCUGUACGGAGACCAUCUCAAUCAGUACCCAAACACAAGACUAGCAGAGCUUGUGAACUGUUUAUCAGGGGGAUAUGACACCAUUUUCUCACUUUGCGAUGACUAUGAUCCUGGGAAGAGAGAAUUUUACUUCGACAGAGAUCCGGAUGCUUUUAAAUGCAUAACUGAUCUGUAUUAUUUCGGGGAGGUUCACAUGAAGAAAGGGAUAUGUCCCAUUUGUUUUAAGAACGAAAUGGAGUUUUGGAGAGUGGAUCUUAAAUUCCUGGAUGACUGCUGCAAAACUAAUCUCAGUGAAAAAAAGGAAGAGCUAGAAGAGAUUGCCCGCAGGGUCCAGCUGAUUUUGGACGACUUGGGACUGGACGCCACCGAAAACAGCUGGAAAAAAUGCCAAAAGUACAUUUGGAAAUUCAUGGAAAAACCAGAAUCCUCGUACCCAGCUAGAGUAAUAGCAGUUGUGUCUUUUCUACUCAUCCUAACCUCAUCGGUAGUGAUGUGUAUGGGGACCAUCCCAGAAUUGCAGGUGGAGGACUCUGAAGGAAAAUCUGUUGAGCACCCAGCGCUGGAUAAGAUUGAGACAGCUUGCAUAGUCUGGUUUACUCUCGAGUACGUCCUCAGACUCAUCUCAUCCCCUAACAAAUUGCACUUUGCUCUUUCUUUCAUGAACACAGUUGACAUAUUCGCAAUACUUCCCUUCUACGUCAGCCUGAUAUUGACCCACUUAGGUGCCAAACUGAUGGAGCUAACGAACGUGCAGCAAGCCAUCCAAGCGCUUCGGAUCAUGAGGAUCGCAAGGAUUUUCAAGCUGGCACGGCACUCCUCGGGUCUACAGACUUUGACGUACGCUCUUAAAAGAAGCUUUAAAGAGUUGGGGCUCCUCCUGAUGUAUUUGGCUGUUGGGAUAUUUGUGUUUUCUGCCCUCGCUUAUACGGUAGAGCAAAGCCACCCCGAGACAAUGUUUAAGAGCAUCCCCCAGUCCUUUUGGUGGGCCAUCAUAACCAUGACCACGGUGGGUUACGGGGACAUUUACCCAAAGACCACGUUGGGAAAGCUCAACGCUGCCAUCAGUUUCCUUUGCGGGGUCAUAGCCAUUGCACUACCGAUCCACCCUAUCAUUAAUAACUUUGUCAGGUAUUAUAACAAGCAGAGAGUGUUGGAGACAGCUGCCAAGCACGAACUGGAACUGAUGGAGCUCAACGCAGGCGAUAACAAGAAAGGUGGAAGUCCCAGUUGUGCACCUGCAUCUCUUCUGGAGAAAGAAAAGGAAGAUUCCCGGUGGAGCAGCCACCUCAAAUUCUCCAACAGUGACACCUUCAUUCACCUCCUGUCAAAUAACCACCACCGAACCAGACUUCAGAGCUGUAAGUAGGCUGUGAAUUUGCCUCCAUUCGGUGGAAAUCUGGAAUACAAGUGACAACCUCGUCUUGAAAUAAGAAUAAAAGGGACUCCUUUGAGGUCAGCCUCUCUUUUUCAUGUGCAUAUAUUUAUACAUAGGCAGACGUGUGUGUGUGUGUGUGUGUGUGUGUGUGUGUGUAGACACACACACACACCUCAGCAACGCCAUCUCAGCUUAGUAAGCCAUUGUUUAUAAAACACAAGAACACAAUGAAUGUAUGGCCAAAUGUAAGGACUGCAUCCUGAUUCAGAUCCCUUUGUAAACAUUUCAGGGGGGUCAAAAAAGCAUACCAGUCAGUAAAUAUAACACUUGGAUGUAAAUUCUUAGAGUCACAAAAAAUGUAUAAUAAUAAAGGGGAAUGGGAGGAGAACAACACUGAAAGAGCAAGUUCUGUCAAAUGUUUCUCUAGUUGGGAAGUGCUGCUUGAAAGAAAAAUUAAACUGAACGGUCACUUUAAAGCACGUGUUCUGCCUAGCAAAAUGCUACUUGAGAUGUUUGAUGCUCUGUGAGAUAAAGCAAAUGUAAAGAAGCCUCUGGACCUUAAUGUUCGGAGAACUCCACCUUCGUUUUUAACAGAGAAUAGGAUGCAGAGCCAAUGUGUUAAUGAUAGAAAUAUAACAGCAAAUAAAGUAUUGAUUAAAAUGCAAUGGGCAUGAUUUUCUUUAAGUAACUUCCUUCAGUUCUUCACAGGGAAGUUGCAUGCUAUAUAUAUCCAAAGCUGAACACUUACCAAAACCUGCGGGCCUUCUAAAUCUUUCAAAAUAAAUAUUAAGUGAUUGCAAUGUAUAUCCUACUUAUAAUGAUCAACUAUUAGUACAGCAACACAGCACUUGAUUUCUUAAGAUGAGGAAAAGUAUUUUGUGUGCCUAAUGUCCUGUGUUUCAUCAGUACAACACUGUAUAUCACUGGGCAAUUUAUGAUGUGAUGUAUUUGGACAGCUAAGUAAAGCAUCUUGGAGAACCAACAGGAUUUUAAACUGCCCAGGCUAUCCCUGCUUUACACUGGAAUGGCUUUAUGAUGCUUAGAACUUCAAGGCUCGAAUGCAGUGGUGCAAUUGCUGUACAAAAUGCAACUGGCUGGUUUUCCCCCUAUGGGGGGAACCAUCAAGGGGGCAAAAAAGCACAAAAGCUUGCCAAUCCAAUUGGGUGGGGAGAAACCCAUGCCAAAUUGUGUGUGUGUUGAUAUACGUCUGGAAUUUCCUGGACAUAGCUGGGAUUCAGCCAUGAAUUUUCAUAAAAAUAGCUCAAGCACUUUGGCCAAAAAACACUCAACUAGUUUUGUGUCCGGACUGUCACUUUUUGAAAACAUGGCAACCCUAUUCAACAUUUUCAUCAUUGGGGGAGUGGAUUGGGUAUUGGGUGCCCUGAAAACAAAUGCAUAAGAAAGAAGGCAACAAAUGUGCGCACCACUUCCCACCACACUUUAACAUGUUAUGCCAUUGUGUUCACCUGAAGAAUGUGUCUAUGAUUUCAAUGUAAUUGUUUGGGACUGGGGGUUUGAAAGCACUUAUUUGAAUAACCUCAUUCACAUUUUCUUGGAACUUUUCCCCCACAAAGUGGCCAUGUUAGUCUCUCUGAGGAUCUAGACCAUGGGUCGGCAAACUGCAGAAAAAGUUGGCUUACCCCUGAUCUAGACCAACAUCUCCCAAACUUCUGAGAGCUGAGGCACACCUUUGUUUCUGAAUUACAAUGGGAAGCACAUUUCAGCCUUGUGCCUGAAACCAUAGCCCUCAACUGUCCAGAUAAACUGGGGUGUCCCAUUUUUUUUGCGUGAGAGCAUGGCGGCCAUGUUGGGUGCCGCGCUCUCACCCUGAAAAAAGUGCAUCCUUUGGUGCCAUGAACUUGUGUGGGUCACAUGAUUCGCACAUGAGUAUGGCCCCAGAAGACGGUGUCCCCGUUUUUCAGGGAGGGUACCUGAGAGUGCUUAGUUUCAGAGUAUUUAAGACUAAGAAUUUUUGUCUCUUGUGCCCUCAGUGUUUCUGUGUUAGCCUUUCUGAAGGAAAACCCAGAGCACAAAAUUAUUUAAGGUGAAACAGGAAGUUUCCUCUGAAGCACAAAGUGGAGACUGUAGUCAUACUGGCAGGCUCGUGACUCCUCUGCCCCCCCCCGCUGGCCAUAUGUUUAUUUUACUGUAUAUAAUUAAAUAUUUAUGGGGCGGUUUCCAACUAACACAUCCCACCAAUGCAAGGAUUUUUGCUUGUGCAGUGGAAUUUCUCCUCCUCCUUUUUGCCCUGCAUGCGCCCAAACCUUCCCUAAAUCUGCUCUGGAGAGUCGGGGGAACUCCUAGAAGAUUUUCUUUUUUGGGGGGGGGGAGGCAGGGUUCAAGGGAAAAGUUCCAUUGUACAAGCAAAAAAUUGUUUGCUGAUGAAACAUGACAGCUGGAGACUGCCUAUAGGGCUGGGCACUGUGAUGGCGACCAAAGAGUUGGAAUUCAUAGAAUUGUAGAGUUGGAAGGGACCACGAGGGUCAUCUAGUCCAACCCCUGCAAUGCCCAACGUGGGCCUCAAACCCACAAUCCUGAAUUUAACAGUCUUGUGCUCUACCAAACUAAGCUAUCUCUUUAAAAUUGUUAUUAUACUCAUCAUUUUCUGUUCUCCUGUAUUUGUACAGUAGGCCUCACUAUCACAGCAUAAAACAAGCAACAAUUAGACUGAGGGACAAAUGCCAAAACCAUGAUGCAAUAUUUAAACCCAUUGUUUUAUUUUGGCUGUUUUUAAUUAUAUUUUUAUCCCACACUUUCGCCAAAGAUUUUAGGGUGGCAUAGAUGAGUCUUCCCCCCUUUGGAAUGGCAAACCCAAGGUCCCCCAACCCUUGAGCUGCAUGGUUGAGUGGGGAUUUCAGCCCUAGUACAGCAAUCCAACCACUGCGCCACACAGUGUGUGUUUGCCAAGCAUUGUACAAGCAAAAAAUUGUUUGCCACAUAUAGGGUCAAAUAAUUAUGACCAACUUUAUUACAGUAUAUAAAGGUGGUGGGGAGAUGCUAAAUAAAACUGUCAAAUGCUCACUGCUACUAUCUCUGGGCCCAACAGUUCUUAUUAAACAUGACAUCCAACAUGGCAAUGACUCAUUUUAUUAAUGGUAAUUACUGGUAUUUCUUCAGUUAAGACACAGCCUGGAGCAAGCAGGAAUGUGUAAAUUAUGCCACUUUGGAAAGAGAUUAGGAAGGCAGAUAGCUCAGAGGCACACUGCUUCUCUAGAAAUGGAGAUAGUAGCUCCAGAGUCUUUGAAAGCCAUUUUUACCCCCACCCUGCAGGUCCAGGACAGGACAAAAAGAUGGAGCAAAGUUUGGAUAGCUCAGUUGGUUAGAGCGUGGUGCUGAUAACACCAAGGCUGCAGGUUUGACCCCUGUAUGGGACACCUGCCUAUUCCUGCAUUGCAGGGGGUUG